CCAUGCCAAAACUAGCAGUGGAUUUCUUCCUUUUAAUCUCCCCUAAUGCCUUAUUCGAUUAUUGUCACUGCUCUCCGACCGUGCACCGUCCCUUCAAACCCUAAUUCCCCCACCGAGGCGGUCACAUCGGGCUGAGCGUCGGCGGAACCGGAGGGCGCCCACAGCCACAGCCACCCCCCGCCCGCCCAGCACGGACAGAGCGCGACCGAGGGCUGCGGGGACGGGGCCGAGCCAGCCGGGCUCUGCGUCGUCACCCGGCGGAGCCGCCGGCCGAGAGAGGAAGGAUGAGAGCCCAAACUUGCUCCAGGUGACGGAUCCGAGGGCACCUGAGCGUCCUCGCGCAGACCUGAGGCAUGGCUUUGCUCAUCGCUUGGGUCUGCGUUGCUUUGAGCAUAGAGAAGGCGCUGGGGGGCCAGGGCGACGGGGGGGACCUCUACUCGGAAAACAUCACUCGCAUCCUCGACAAGCUGUUGGACGGCUACGACAACAGGCUCCGGCCGGGAUUUGGAGGAGCCGUAACAGAAGUCAAAACGGACAUCUACGUGACCAGCUUCGGGCCGGUGUCCGACGUGGAGAUGGAAUACACAAUGGAUGUCUUCUUCCGGCAGACGUGGACAGAUGAGAGGUUGAAGUUUGGUGGGCCAACAGAAAUUUUGAGAUUGAACAAUUUAAUGGUCAGUAAAAUAUGGACACCAGACACGUUUUUUAGAAAUGGAAAAAAAUCAAUUGCUCAUAAUAUGACAACUCCUAACAAACUUUUCAGAAUUAUGCAGAAUGGAACUAUACUUUACACAAUGAGACUAACCAUUAAUGCUGACUGUCCUAUGCGGCUGGUGAACUUCCCAAUGGAUGGACACGCUUGCCCUUUGAAGUUUGGGAGCUAUGCUUAUCCAAAAAGUGAAAUAAUUUAUACAUGGAAAAAAGGACCCCUGCAUUCUGUAGAAGUACCACAGGAAUCUUCCAGUCUCCUCCAGUAUGAUCUCAUAGGACAAACUGUAUCUAGUGAAACAAUUAAAUCUAAUACAGGUGAAUAUGUAAUCAUGACAGUUUAUUUCCACUUGCAAAGGAAGAUGGGAUACUUCAUGAUACAGAUAUAUACUCCUUGCAUUAUGACAGUCAUUCUUUCUCAGGUCUCUUUUUGGAUUAACAAGGAGUCUGUUCCAGCCAGAACAGUUUUUGGAAUUACUACAGUUCUAACAAUGACCACUUUAAGCAUCAGCGCACGCCAUUCUUUGCCCAAGGUGUCCUAUGCUACUGCUAUGGAUUGGUUCAUAGCUGUGUGCUUUGCCUUUGUCUUCUCUGCACUUAUUGAGUUUGCAGCUGUCAACUACUUUACCAAUCUUCAGACUCAGAGAGCAAUGAGGAAGGCAGCAAGGGCAGCAGCACUGGCAGCAGCACUAUCAGCAGCAACUGUACCGGCAGAGGACGAGAUUGUCUCGCAUUCUGACUCCAAUUGUAACCUGAAGAAGCGAGUAAACUCUGUAACAUCUCAGGCAGAUCAGUCUCCUGAAGCCAGCAUAGUAUCAAACAGUGCAUCUCAGUGUCAACCUGUGUCUGCUCCUCCACCAGCCCCCCCAGCACCACCACCUGUUGGAGGCACAAGUAAAAUAGACCAGUAUUCUAGGAUCCUCUUUCCAGUGGCGUUUGCAGGAUUCAACCUGGUAUAUUGGGUUGUCUACCUUUCAAAAGACACUAUGGAAUUUUUUGAACCUACUGCAAUGCAUCUUCGAAAUGAUCAUCAGAUCAACUGAAGAACAGCACAGUGCUUAAAAGAAAUCACUGAAGGUCUUGUGGCGUUAAAGUAACUUCAAAAGAAACAAGUGCUCUCAGCUUUCAAACACUGAGUAUUUAUACUGGAUAUCACCUGGAAACAAGCUCUGGACAAAUAAAAGAAGAUCAAAACUGCUCAGAGUUCUAACAAAACUUUGAUUUCUUAUGGUGAUUCUAAUGUAAAAUUUCUUGUUAAAUUAUUUUGUUCAGCAGUCAAAGAAAGGAUUUGUAUUUGUUGUAGUUCUGUUACAAAUAACUGAAUGUUUACAUUGAUACAAAACAUCAAUAAUAGAAUUAUUUCUCUUAAAUGCAGUGAGGAUUAGUUAAGACACAUUGAGAACUGGUAAAAAUUAGCAUUCUCUAGCUGGAAUGCAAGGACCCACACUGAUGUGUAGUCAAAAUUGCCCCCAAAAUAAUGCUACAAAAUCCCAUGAAAGGGAUUUGCAAUCCCAUUGCAUUUUCGUAACAUAUUCAUGGAUCAGAUGAAUGAUGAAUCCUAGUUUUCUGUAAUUUAUCUUCAUUCUCUUUGAUCUGAGGUAAUAUUUGUGGAGGGGGAAAAAAUAAAAGGAACAAAAUAGAAAAGACUGGUUAUGUACUUUAGCUGUUUAGUUAUGCUAUUUUUGUUCUUGUUGAGAGUGACUACGGAAGUUUACAGUCUAAUUACAAGCAAUUUCUGGGCAGCAAUUUCUGGAAGUACAGCAUUGAUGCCAGGGAGUUCUCAUGGUCAAAAGCUGAACUGAUGGAAAGAUGCAGCUACCCAUCAAGCUAAGUGCCAGAAAGUCUUGAUAGCCAGUUAAGGAACAAGUUCUGUUUUGUCAGCUGAUUCUUUGGACCUGCGCACAGCAGACUCCCUGUAAUUUUUCCAGAAGUACAUUUUUGCCAGCAAAUUCAGAGCUGAAAGGCAGUGUGGAUUUUACUUCUCACUCUCAACAAAAGCAUCACAUAAUUUAUCAUCCAUCUCCAAUGUCCUUCUUAAUGACACGAUAAGGAAAUAUGCGCCUCAUCAAAUCAAAUUCAAGCCACCUUUGUUGCAGGUUUAACGUUCACUCAUGGGAACCAAAAGCACACACAUCUUAGAUGUGGCCAGUUAUAAACUGAGGUAUCCUAUCCUAAAAUUAUUAGAAGUAUAAUGUGAAAUGCUGCACUGUUUUGAAAAAGUCAAGGUCUUUUGUCUAAGUAAAUAUCUUAAGUCACUGAAAAGGUAUUGAGGGGUCAGUUAAUCAACCCCAAUAGAUUGUCAAGUGCUCUAUUGGCUUCAUUGACACUAGAAUAAUUCAACUACCUGAUGAGCUAGCUAGCUCCAACUGUUUUUUUCUCAUGUUUCAGAAGAAGGAUGUAGCUUUUACUAUUGUGGUAGCUGCACUGAACACGUGAAAUCACUGUUCUUCAUGUUGUAUGACUUAGUUGCAGACAAUUUAAGUAGACUCGCAUCAAUAACAACAACUGUCUGCACACAGGUGACAUGUUUGUAAUUUGCUUUUUCCUGACUGGCAGCAGGCCAAUACACUUGCACAUAUUUUUUAAGUGCUCUAAAUUCUGCCUUCACUUUACUUUGAAACCAAAAUUGUUGAAGUCUUUCCCAUUUUUAUACCAUAAUUAUAUACAUUUUUUCCAAAUUGAACAGUGAGCAUUGCAAAAUAUCGUAUUUUUAAUUUUUAAAUACAUUUACCAAAAGCAAAUUGUGCUGUAGGUACUCAGAGGUUAUUCUUUUUGAUUUAACCAGACUCAUUCUUACUCUGCAGACUGAUUUUCUACUUUGAAUGAACCAACGUCCAUGAAAGUUUUCAGAAUGCUUUAGAAUUGGUUUUUGCACAAAAUGAAAAAGUUAGGGGGAAAACAAGUUACACUGAAAAAGCUCAGAUUUAUACUGGAUAUUCUUUGCUCAAAAGAAAUUUAAAUAUGAAUUUUACAGGAAAUUUAGAAUUAUUAAACAGUCACUAUUUCCUCAGAAUAUAGUACUUCAAUGUAUAAAAUAAGGAUAAUAUUCUAAUUGUGAAGUCCUAUCAUCACCAGCUCUUGGUGUUCAAUGUAUUUCAACAGGACCACAAAGACUGCAUUUGUAUGUUUGUUUGCUUUCCAGGAGUUUUUAAUGUGGACAAGAGACAGAAGGGUUUGUUCUCCCCAGUUGUUUGAAUAGUAGGAAGGGUUGGUGUAUUUAUCCUAUUAAAUACCUUGUAGAGACAGAGUUCAUAUUCAAUCACAUUCAGCACCAAUAACGCUCAUAAUGUCAAGUUGUAUAUUGGAAUAUAUGAAAAUUAACGUCAGUUCUUAAAAAUCCUGGUUAUGGUAAACAAUAACCAAACAAGAUAUGCAGUAAGAAGAGCAGACAGAUAUAAAUAUAUAUAUAUAUAUAUAUUUGCAUAUACAUAUAUAUAUACAAAUAACACAUUUAUUUAUCUAUUUAAUGUAAGUUAAAGGAAAUUAAGGGAUUUUUUUCCCCAUUAUUUUUGACUGCCUUGCAAUAGGAAGAGCAGGAACUAAAGUUUCUGUAAAAUGGCACUUUUUACUGUGGGAAACAGGACAUUGUGUGGCAGAAGGUAAGCAAUUUCCUUGAGCUGUCACACAGUGGCAAUGUAUUAUUCACCAUUGUCCUAACUUCGUAUCCAUCCCAAUAGAAAGAAUGCACUGGUUUUAGCUCACAACCCUGCAAAACUGUCAGAAUGUGGCUUGAAUUUAUCUUUCAUAUGUUCUGCUUGAACAGAAAUGUGAGAAACACAAGAACUAAGAACAGUUAUAUCAUACUAUAUAGUAGAAACCUCAACUAGGCAAUAAUCUUUAUUAUUGCUGUGGGAUUUUUCUCUCUUCAUGUCCAUUCUUUUUCAGAAUUUCAAAAUCAGAUGAAAAUUCAGAGAUUUAAGGUCUAGAAACUAUGCAAUGGCACAGCAAAUCAUCCACUGCUCUGUUCAAAGACUAGCUGUCACCAGAACCUGAAGCAAGAAUUGGAUAAAUCCAUGAAGUAUAGAUGUAACAUGAACGUUCUCAAUAUGCUUUUCUUAUCAAGUACUGUCAAGUGUUUUGAUAUUUUGA